GCCUCCUAGCGGAGCCGGGGCAGAUCCCGCCGCCGGCUGCCUUUCUCGCGAGAAUCCCCCCACUCUGACGGGGUUAUGUAACCCGCUCCCCUCACCCACCCACCUACUUUUUUAAAGGGCCCGCUUCUCCUCACGCCGGGAGGGGAGGCGCGACUGAGGAAAAAAAAAAAAACAAACAAGUCCCAUUGCCGGGGUCCGGCCUCGUCCCGGCUCAAUGCCCCUCACAGGAAGGGGGGGCGUGUGCGCCCGUGCCCGCGAGUCCCCCUCCUCUCCGGCCGGACAAUGAGUCCCAUAUGCUAAUGAGCGCCCCACGUCACUUCCGCUCUUUCUCGGCCGCCAUCUUGGCCAGGGCAGGUUCUGGGCAGGAGGGACCCGGCUGUAUUGUCUGCAGGGCGCCUAGGGAGCCCCCCCUCCCCUUCCCCGCGGCCCGGAGCCCGACGCCCCUCGCCCCGGUGACGGAGCCGCUGCCGCCGCCGCCGCCCCCUCAUCCCCGCUGAGGGCCCAGCCCCCGCCCUGCCCCCCGCGCAGCCGGCCCCCCCGGCGCAGCCCGCCAUCCAGCCCCCUUUGUCUCCCCCGCACCGCCGGCUCCGCUGCCCGCCCGCCCUGCCGGGAGCCGCUAGCAGGAGCAGCAGCGCCACCGCCGCCGGGGGAAAGAGCGCCCGCCGCUGCUGAGGAGGGAGCGCGAGACCCAGCCAGAGUGUUUUGAUGGGAACUGGAAGCAGUUGGAUAGCAACCGAUCAACACAUUUAUUGCAAUGUGCAAUGAAGCCAGAGCAUCCUAGAAAAAUGAAAGAACCAUAGCUUCCAAUAGAAACUAUGUUCCAACUUCCUGUCAACAACCUUGGCAGUUUAAGAAAAGCCCGGAAAACUGUGAAAAAAAUACUAAGUGACAUUGGUUUGGAAUACUGUAAAGAGCAUAUAGAAGAUUUUAAGCAGUUUGAACCCAAUGACUUCUAUCUGAAAAACACUACAUGGGAAGAUGUUGGAUUGUGGGAUCCUUCACUUACAAAAAAUCAGUACCUGUACAAAAGAGACCUGUCGACAGAAGCAAUCAAUCCAGCAGAUUCCCAAGUAGCCACCAUGACCAAGACCAAAGAGCUGUCCAAGGAUGUCAGGGACAAGAUUGUAGACCUGCACAAGGCUGGACUGGGCUACAAGACUAUUGCCAAGCAGCUUGGUGAGAAGGUGACAACAGUUGGUGCAAUCAUUCGCAAAUGGAAGAAACACAAAAUAACCGCCAACCUCCCUCGGUCUGGGGCUCCAUGCAAGAUCUCAUCUCGUGGAGUUGAAAUGAUCAUGAGCAAGGACUAUCGGACAAAACCCUUUUGCUGCAGUGCAUGUCCAUUUUCCUCAAAGUUCUUUUCUGCCUACAAAAGUCACUUCCGGAAUGUUCAUAGUGAAGACUUUGAAAACAGGAUCCUUCUCAAUUGUCCCUACUGUACUUUCAAUGCAGACAAAAAGACUUUGGAAACGCAUAUUAAAAUAUUUCAUGCUCCAAAUGCCAAUACACCAAGUGGAGGCAUCAGCACUUUUAAAGAUAAAAACAAGCAUGAUAGCCUUAAACCUAAGCAGGCUGACAGUGUAGAACAAGCUGUUUAUUACUGUAAGAAGUGCACUUACCGAGAUCCUCUCUACGAAAUAGUUAGAAAGCACAUUUACAGGGAACAUUUUCAGCAUGUUGCUGCACCUUAUAUAGCAAAGGGAAGUGAGAAGUCACUCAAUGGGAUUGUACCCUUAAGUUCCCGAGAAGAGGGCAUGAUUCACUGCAAACGCUGCCUUUUUAUGCCGAAGUCGUAUGAAGCUUUAGUACAGCAUGUUAUUGAAGACCACGAGCGUAUAGGAUACCAAGUGACAGCAAUGAUAGGGCAUACAAAUGUGGUAGUUCCAAGAUCCAAACCUUUAAUGCUAAUUGCUCCAAAACCACAGGAUAAAAAGCCUAUGGGACUUCCUCAGAGGAUGGGUGCCCUGUCCCCUGGAAAUGUCCGGUCUCUUCCAUCACAGCAAAUGAUGAAUCGACUGAAUAUACCAAAGCCUACGUUAAAUUCUGGAGGAGUAAAUAUGAUGUCCAACGUUCAUUUGCAACCGAACAACUAUGGUGUGAAAUCGGUACCGCCAAGUUACGUUGGUCACACGGGAGGAAGGCUAAGUUUAACAGGUAGUUCUCCAGUUUCCCUAUCCCAGCAGUCUCAAUCAAUGAAGCAGUAUUCCCCAAGUGGAAACGGGCGACCUUACCCUCUUGGAGGGGAACCAAGAUCGCAGGCUACAGCAAGGUACUCUCUUUCGUCUGCCAACUCAUCUUCACUUUCAUCAGGGUCACUGAAAUCAACAUCAUUAGGUCAGUCUCAGGCAGCAUCCAGAAUAUUAUCCCAGUCCACACCCAAGCCUCUUGCCGUUGGCCCUAUAUGUACCACUUCUGCCAAUACUUCAUCAACUCAGAAAUGGAAGAUUUGUACAAUCUGCAAUGAGCUCUUCCCUGAAAACGUGUACAGUGUUCAUUUUGAGAAAGAGCACAAGGCCGAAAAGGUGCCCGCAGUUGCUAACUACAUCAUGAAAAUACAUAAUUUUACUAGCAAAUGUUUAUACUGUAAUCGCUACUUACCUACUGACACGCUGCUCAACCACAUGUUAAUCCAUGGUCUAUCCUGUCCCUACUGCCGCUCAACGUUCAACGAUGUUGAGAAGAUGGCUGCUCACAUGCGAAUGGUUCAUGUCGAUGAAGAAAUGGGGCCCAAAACUGAUUCCACGUUAACGUUUGAUUUGACGUUGCAGCAGGGUAGCCACACCAAUAUACACUUGCUUGUAACUACCUACAACUUGAGAGAUGCCCCUGCCGAAUCCGUUGCUUACCAUGCUCAAAAUACUGCUCCAGUUCCUCCAAAACCACAGCCAAAAAUUCAGGAGAAGACAGAUGUACCUGUAAAAAGUUCUCCUCAAGCGGCAGUCCCCUACAAAAAAGAUGUGGGGAAAACCCUUUGCCCUUUGUGCUUUUCAAUCCUGAAAGGACCCAUUUCUGAUGCUCUGGCCCAUCACUUAAGGGAGAGACAUCAAGUUAUUCAAACAGUUCAUCCAGUAGAGAAAAAGCUUACGUAUAAAUGUAUUCAUUGCCUUGGAGUGUACACGAGUAACAUGACUGCCUCAACUAUAACCCUGCACCUUGUCCACUGCAGGGGUGUGGGGAAGACUCAGAACGGUCAAGACAAAGGUAAUGUUCCCUCCCGACUAAAUCAGUCUCCAGGUGCAGGACCUGUGAAACGUACCUAUGAACACAUGGAAUUCUCUCUGCUGAAGAAAAGAAAAAUGGAUGAUGACGAUUCCCCUUCCGUCUUUGAGGAGAAGCCUGAAGAACCUGUAGUGCUGGCUUUAGAUCCCAAGGGUCAUGAAGAUGAUUCUUACGAAGCUAGAAAAACAUUUCUCACCAAGUAUUUCAAUAAGCAACCGUAUCCCAGUCGGAGGGAGAUUGAAAAGUUAGCUGCUAGUCUCUGGCUUUGGAAAUCCGACAUUGCUUCACACUUCAGCAACAAAAGAAAGAAAUGCGUUAGAGAUUGUGAAAGGUAUAAACUGGGUGUCUUGCUAGGUUUCAACAUGAAAGAACUGAACAAGGUUAAACACGAAAUGGAUUUUGAUGCCGAGUGGUUGUUUGAGAACCACGACGAAGAGAAUUCCAGAGUCAACCCUAGCAAAACUGUUGAUAAAAAGAUAAAUCUAGAGAAAGAUAAUGAAAGUUCCUCAGACAGUUUUGAGAACAUAGAACAGGAGUUCAACGAAAGCAAUAGUCCAUUUGCAGAAUCUGUGUCUAACUCUGGUCGCAAAACAUCUAUUAAUAGUAUAAAUGAGACACCGGAUGAAAGCAUAUCUAAGGAGACAACUGAAGAAGCCACUUUGGAGUCUCCAGAAAAAAUAGACCAAAAGGAGGAUGGAGACCCAAAAUACAAGGAGAGUAGCUCUGCAGAAGAACCAACAAAGCUGGUAGCUGAAGGUUCAGACAGUGAAGGUGACCAAGAAGACCAAGAUGAUCCCAUUGAAUGGAAAGUAGAAGCAUCGCCAUCUGAAAGCGUACCUGGUUCUCAGCAAGUGUCUGACUUUGAAGAUAAUACAUCUGAAGUGAAACCAGAAACGUGGACGGAUGAAUCAUCCCAAAGUGAAGAUGCUACUAAUAGUAAACCAGUUGCAGAAACUAAAGGUGCCGCCUCUGAGAGUGACGAAGAACAGUCAAAGUGGAAGAAUAGUUCCUAUGGAAAAGUGGGCGAGUUUUGGUCCAAGGACCAGUCACAGUGGAAAAAUGCAACAGAAAUCGAAGAGAGCUUGUCAAAUCAGCAGAUGGAGUGGCAGAACAGCACAAUUGACAGCGAGGACGGAGAACAGUUUGACAGUGUGACUGAUGGGGUUACGGAAUCGAUGCACAGCACCCUAACUGGGGUAGAGCUGAGUAGUCAGCAAGCAUAAGCUGUUAAAACUCGAGACUCCAUAUCUUCCACUUGACAACCGUCUAAACAUUUUCAUUUCAGAACGACUGCUAAGUUCAUUGUAAACUGGUACUGCCUUUUGAAUGCAAGGUCACCUGGUUAGUGGCUGCGAGGCUGCCACACCGAUUCCAGUUCUUAUUUCAAAGUAUGCUGUUGGCAAAUCUCACUUGAGAGUAUCUGCUGUGACGAGCACAGUAACUUAAUGUGAAAAUGGAUAUGUUGGUGGCUUCCAGUUGCUCACUGAAGAAAAGCAAAGGUUUUAUUUUAUUGGCAUUUUCAACAUAUUUCACUCUGUAUAUGUUCAGCUGUAUGUCUUUUUAAACAUUACCCUUUUUCACAUGGUAGUUUUAGGGCCAACAUAUGAGCUACCAAUUCAAUGUGUAUAGUAGGACUCUGGGGAAAUUGUUUUUUUUCAUGUAUCAUUCUGAAUAGUUGAAAUGUAUAUUUGUACAGUCUUUUAGACCUAUUCAAGUGAUGCUUAUGCUAUUGUUCUUGUGUACCCAUCAUAGAUUUGGUUCUUUUUUCCUUUUUUUUAGUGUUGCCCUGCUGUGUAAUAAAUGCUGUAUCUAGUUUACCUAGCAAAAAGCUUGAAACUGCUAUAGUAAGAAUUUUGACAGACUUAGUUUUUGCACAUAACCUUGUACAAUCUCAAAACAGAGGCCAGCAACAUAAAAGUAUAUCUGGACUCUAUUGUAUUAUAGAAUUUUCUUGUUCUUGAAUAUCCUUGACAUUACAACUGAUGACUAUGUAUUUCAGAGCCAUUUUCUGAAAUCUUUUAAGCUAAAAAAAAAAAAUCACAUGCAAGAAACAAGUUUGCAGCUACUAAUUUUGACACCUUUUAGAUCUGUAUAAAAGUGUACUGUGUUAAAGCAGCAUACGGAAAUGAGUGCUGCAUUUUUGGAUAUUUAGUUUUAUCUUUAGUUAACACCAACAUGGUGUUGUAUUCAUUUAUACCAUCUAAUAUAUGACACAUUGUUGUAGUAUGGAUAAUUUGUGAUCUUUAUUUCCCCUUUGUAUUCAUUUAAGCAUCUAAAUAAAUUGCUGUAUUGUG